UUUUGUGCACAGAUUUGAAAACUGACACAGAUUUUCACAGAUUCUUGAAUAAAUCACAGAUUUUGGAAAUGGAGUACAGUUUACCACCAAAAAGUACAGAAAACGGAAAACGGAAAAAUCACAGAUUUUGGAAAUGGAGUACAGUUUACCACCAAAAAGUACAGAAAACGGAAAACGGUCACAGAUUUUCACAGACAGGUUUUGGGUUUCAACACAGAUUUUUGAAAAAAUGACCUGGCAUCUCUGAUUGUAAACACAAGAACACGGAAAUUCGAUUUUAUUUAUUGUAAUCGUUGAUUUGUUGCUUGCAUUCUUAUUCUUCACUAAGCUUUGUGGGUCUGAAUCUUAUGUUCUGGAAUCUUUAUCAUGAUUGAAGAAGCAACAUUAAGGAUCCAUUACUUAUUUUUAGGAAAAGAUGCUAGACAACCAAACACUGGAUCAAACACAACAGGACGAAAUUUCUCCCGGCAAUCAGAAGACGGAAUCUGGCAUCUCAACCGAUGAUCAUUCUCGCCCGCACGCUUGUGAUAUAUGUGGCAAACGAUUUCUCAACAAAGGACAUCUUUACGAUCACAUGCGGGCGCAUCGCGCCGAACGACUUUUCAGUUGUGGUAUCUGCGGAAAAGCAUUUUCCCGAAAAACCGGAAUACGGCAACAUCAGUACACCCACUCCAGCGAACGACCGUACAAAUGCACCACCUGUGGCAAAGAUUUUGUUUUCAAUAGCUCGUUAACUACCCAUAUGUCCCUUCAUACGGGUGACUAUCGACAUAACUGUGAGGUGUGUGGCAAAGGAUUCAACAGAAUGUCAACGUUGAAGAAGCAUGAGCGUGUUCACAGCGGCGAGAUGCCGUCUAGUAAGAAACCAAAGACGCCGAACAGUUUGCAUGUGAUUUCUUCCGCCAAACUUGUAGAGUUCGCACGGCCACACGAGUGUGAAAUAUGUGGCAAACGAUUUUCCAAUAAACAUACCCUUAGCAAACACAUCCAAACACAUUGCGGCGAACGGCUGUUCAGUUGCGAUGUCUGUGGAAAGGCAUUUUACAAUACUUGCAACCUGGACCGGCAUCGGGUCGUGCAUACCGGCGAGCGACCGUACGAAUGCCAGUUGUGUGAUAAAACGUUCAGCUUUAAAGGUAACCUCGCCGCUCAUAUGACCAUUCAUUCGGGUAUCUAUCGGCACCGGUGUAAAACGUGUGACAAAGGAUUUCACAACACCAGCAAUCUAAAGAAACACACGUGCAGUGGUAAAUCAGGCCCGUCAAUAUUGAGGUAAGCUUGACAAAAAAGUUCUGCCUGACAGGAGAUUUGUUGAUGUGGUCAAUUUGAAAAUUUGAAUGUCCUCAAUAGUGGACAGACGUUCUCUUAGACGGAUUUCGAUUUCCUACCGUCACGUUAGACUGACCAGUCUUGAACUGUUACAAUCAUGAAAGUUAUUAAUAAUAUAUUUUCUAACCGAUAUCAGUGCUAAUCAAGAAAUAUAUGGCCUUCAUUGAUUCAAACUAAGUUGAUGCCUAAUAAAUUGAAUUUGAAGACAUGGUGAUUGAAAUCGUCGGAACAAGCUGUUCGAUCAAAUGAAAAAAUAGUAGAAUGAUCGUAAAAAUCCAUAGAAAAUCAUGAGAUGCUGUUAUAUCGACCUGGAAGAUGUUGACUUACUUUACGGCUGGACAACGCCUCAUCAGGCUCUUCCAGAGAUAUUGUCUACCGUGUGAUUAGGACGGAAAAAAGGAUUGCAAUUCGCUCUAAACAAGCGUUGAGAUCAUCGAAUCAUGUUUGUUAUUAUGUGUCUUUAUUUAUUCUUCAAAUAU